AUGGUCAAUGAGAGGAGAGGUAAGAACCAACAGAAUCGUGGCAAGCCCUAUGACGCUCCAGCUGGGAAAGGAAAACAGAAAGUUGCACAGGGUCAGAGAACUAGUAGGGGAGAUGCUCCUGCUACUGUCGUCUGUUUCAAGUGUGGGAAACUUGGUCACAAGAGUAAUGUGUGUAAUGCUGAGAUGAAAAGUACUCCUUUAAUAACUAUUAUUGAUAUUGUUACUACUCAUUGCUUUAUUGCUGCUGAUUGUGUUGAAAGAUUGAAUCUUACGUUGUUUGCUAUGAAUGGAGAGAUGGUCGUUGACCUUCUAGCUAAGGGAUCAGUGACUACUUCUCUUGUGCGCUUAAAGUGUCCUUUGUCGAUCUUUGAUAGGGACUUUGGUGUUGAUUUGGUUUGUUUACCUUUAAGUGGGUUAGAUGUGGUCUUAAGUAUGAACUGGUUAGAGUAUAACUAUGUUCAUAUUAACUGUUACGACAAGUCUGUGAGGUUUUCUACUCCUGAAGAGGAGGAAGCUGGUUUGUUGUCAGGUAGACAGUUGCAGCAGUUGAUACAAGACGAAGAGACUCAGAUGUUCUCGUUGAUGGUGUCAUUAUCAGUGACGAAUCAAGUUAUAAUUGAGGAAUUGCAAGUGGUGCGUGAAUUUCUUGAAGUUUUCCCUAAUGAAAUUCCUAAUGUACCGCCUAAAAGAGAAGUUGAAUUUGCAAUUAACCUUGUACCUGCUACCAGACCUGUUUCUAUGGCACCGUACAUGAUGUCUGCAUCUGAAUUGGCAGAGUUAAAAAAGAAAUUGGAAGAUUUACUUGAGAAGAAUUGUUUUUAUGCUGAAGAUAAGGAGGCAUUAUCUUUAUGGUUCUAG